CUCAUGGAAGGGCUAACUCUUUGAGCCACACGAUGACCGGAAAGCUAAAACUCCGCCAUUUGUCAUUGUGAAAACUCAGUUCGAUUUCGACCGUGCAACAUGUAAAAUGUGCCACAAGCGGUCUACGCGUUGCGUGAUAAAUUUAAUCUGAUCAGAAGUGAAUAAAAAUAAAUAAGUGAAUAGAAAAAGAAAAACACAGCAUUAACUGCGCACACACUUACUUAACCCCAAAGUACAAAUGCGAUUGCUGGACUUUUGAAAAAUAUAUUUCACAACAAUAUGUGUGUUUAAGUGAUUGAAAUGAAUGUGCAAUAAAUUUUUAAAUGGAAUGCUUUUGUUUUUUACGCAUCCUGAAGAAUUUUAACUUAAGUACGCAAUUUAUAGUAAUUUCCACAGCUCGCCAUGGGCCAUGGGAAUAGUCAACCGAGCGUACAAACACCUUUUGCUCCUAAAACUAGCAUUGUAGUGAAUUAUGAAAAUAUUAUUUGAGGUGAAAGUGAAAUCAUUUCACAUUGUAGCCUGUAUAAUCAGGCGAAAUUUAAGUUCAUAGUAACUUGACGUGUGGCGUCGCAAAUAAAUCGACAUUUAUAAUAGUGCAGCAGUGACAAUAAAUUUUCUCCAGUUCGCUUUACCUCCCGUUCGCCCACCUAAAGGCAACUAGCAACCAACGAAAAUAGUGCCGAUUCCGCUAUACUGGCUACCGAAUGGAUAAUGGGUAUUUGUUUAGACACAGAUGCCAGCGCGGCACAAGAUACCGGCGAACAAGGCAACGAUUGGAGUCAUAUACGAAAUCAAAACAGUGCCAACGGACGUAUCGGUACGGGAAACAUGGUCGCUAUAGACAUGCAAAAUGCUGGAAAAAUAAAAUUCGAUCCGCCCAAAGUGCCAGUGAUAUUUGUUUUAGGCGGCCCAGGUAGUGGCAAAGUCACGCAUUGUGACACAUUUAUGCAGGAGCGCCGCGGUGUGACGCAUAUAAAUAUGAUGGAUUUGUUGCAACAAUACGCAAUGGGGAACGAUAUGCAAGACUUCUCGCAACUAUCCUCGAAAACCGUCACAGAGGUGCUCAUGCUGGAAAUGAAAAUGGCUCCAGCUGCCAAAGCGUACCUAAUUUCAGGAUUUCCUCGCUCAAUGCGCGACGUGGUCGAAUAUUCGGAAAAGAUUCAAGUCGUGAAUGGAGUGAUCUUGAUAUCCUGGCGUCAGUCGGUUCUGCAAAAGCAAAUUGAUUAUGGCGCUAAAUUAGGUCAUGUCGUACUCUCCUUAGCCAAAAUGGAAUUAGAGAAUUUCUUCAAAAAUGUGAUGCCCGUAGCAGAUUACUUUGACCAAAGUGAUAUGCUAACAGCAGUAAAUGGCGAGCGUGCACCCGCCGAAGUGUACAAAGACUUUCGGGCCGCCAUACUCGAUGUGUUGAGUACGCUUGAGAACCAAGAGGCCAUGCUGAACGGAGUCACAGGUAUGGGCAGAGGGAUACAUGAUAUACCCGGCAGUAUAGUUAGCGUAGACACCGCACCUAGUCAAGCCGCGAAUAUUGCAGACAUUUCUAAUGCCAACGUCAACACAACUGUCUUUGCUGCCAACAACUACAACAAUAUGAAUAGAAAUCACUACAACAACCAUGUGGGCAAUCCGAGUAUAGCAAAUGCCGUGGGCACGCAUAUUGCUUCGAGUGUCAAUGCUGCUGCUGCAACUGCACGAAUGAUAGAUGCCGAAGUCAUCACCACACAGCCUGAGGCGAUAAAUACACAAAAUGCCGCGACGAGUAUGAACCUCAACGGGGACAGCAUACCGCCAGUUAUUUGGGUCAUCGGUGGGCCGGGUAGUAACAAGGCGACGCUCUGUAUGAAGGCCGUCAGGUUGAACCCUGGAUGGGGACACAUAAGCAUGGGACGUCUGUUGCGCGCCAUUACCGACUCGUCGCCACGUGCGAACACGGAAAGCUAUACCGUCAAGGAGGCACUAUCCGCUGGCGAAAUGGUGCCGGAGAAAGCGAUCAACAACAUACUCGAUGCGAAUAUAAGACAAUUGAUGGAUCGUAAAGGCAUAUUGAUUGAUGGUUUUCCGCGGAAUUUACAACAAGUCAAACAUUUUGAGAAUAAGUACAAGCAACGACCGCCAAUCGUGCUGCUUGACUGCUCUAAAUUACAACUAGGGCGUGGUCGGGUCGACGAUACCGUGUCCUCGUUCAGGCGACGUUUGGAGCUCUUCCGCGAGCAAACCCUACCAAUGCUAAAAACUAUGGAUAAUAGUAAUCGUCUACAAAUCGUCGAUGGCGAUACGGAUAGCCCAUCGGUGCAACGGGAAUUUGAAAAAAUCAUACGUCAGCACAUACAAAGUAUCGAUCAGACAGGUACCGGACGAAUGAACAACAUGGCUGACGCCGCUGUGAUGACGAAUCAUAUUGAUCAUGAUCAAACCGACGCUAUAUUACAAGAUUUAGAGAAUAACGUUCCGGGUGCAGUGCCAACGAUAAGCCAUCAUGUAUCGCUCAUGAAUGGUCAUUUAAAGAAUCGAAAUAAUAGUGCUGCCAAUAAUGGUGGUGUGGCGAUGAAUGGUGACGCACGGAUGGCAGGCUUAACUGGUGGCAUUGAUUUCAGGCAUAUGCUGCAGGAGGCCGAAAGAUACCCGGUUGACUCUUAUAUGUAAAAUCUGAAAGCACUCGGAGUUACUUAGUUUAGUAUAGUAGAUGUCAAAGCAAUUUAAACAUUUUUUUGUAAAUUAUCCCAUAUUUUGACGGAUCUUCAACUAGUUUAAAAAUAGUUAAAUUCUAACUUCUUUUUCUUCUAGUUCGAUAUAAUUGCUUCACAGAAGAGAAUUCAUCAUAAUAUCUACUUCAAACGUUUCAUAAAGAAAAUAAUAAUUGGUAUACAAAGCAGUAAUAGUUUACAUUCUUUUAUAUUCCCCCUUCUUAUUAUUUUCCUUAAACCUUCAGAGUAUACAGAAUAUUUUUUUGAGCGAAAAUAGCUAGACUUGUUAAAAAAAUUGUUUUUUACUUCCAGUUGCUUGUAGGAAAGAUAAACAGCCAGAGACUAGUUGAACAUAGUAGUCGUCCUAGUUGUUAACAAGGCAUUCGAGAGCUACACUGGGUCCUUUUUCUUAAAUAGAAAUUUAAGAAGAAACACAUUAAAAGUUGAGGGAUUGUAGUCACAGGACCAAAUACGCGUGGUUUUAAGUAUUUAGUUCAAAAAUCGCGAUGGUAAUUUUUCAAUAUUUAUGAUAAUUUUCUUCAUUGAACGUAUUUGGUAUUUUGGUUCGACUUUGGUAGAAUAUUUUCUAUGAUAAACAGAUUAGGUACAACCAACUAAAUCUCGAUUAGAACUACAUAUAAGAACUAAUGAGUAAAACAAAUGUUACGGUCUUUUUGUUAGGUGAAUAUGGGAAGUUUUAACCAUCAUAUUGACAGGUUUAUGCUUUUACACCAGUCAAACAAUCUCUGGGUGGAUUAUUUAAAGUUAGGGUCGAAAUAAAAAUUAUGUUUUUCUUUUAAUUUAAUUUUAAUAUUAUCGACAUUAAUAUUUUUCAGUUUUGUAGUUUAGGAUCUUUUACAAGUUCAUAACUGUCGCAUGUAGUAAAUUCGAAUAUUUGAAACUGGUAAAUAUAAAAGAAACUUCCCUCUGAGUGCCUAAAAGUAUGCAGUAUGCAUAUGCAUAACCGCUCUUUAAUCUCUUAGUGCCUGUUUACACAAGAAAGUUUUAGUUGUCUCAACUCGUACUUGAUUCGCGAGGAAGCGGCGAAGAAAGACAAAGAACACCGAGUUGCUCGUAUACUCUUUGUAUUCUUCAUAACAGUUCGCUGCUACGUAAUUCGAAUUUUUUUUUUCAUUUUGACUUAUUUUCCAUGGCCGCAGUUGCGUUUAAUUUUAAAUGGAUAUUUACUCUAUGUCCGAUAAUUCAAAUGUUGUCAACUAUUUUUUACAUGUCAUAUGCUAACGUGUAUUGAGAUAUGCAUAACAUAACAUAAAUAUUUUAGAAAAUGGCAAAUAUAGCUAAAAAUUAGCUACGAAAAUAUAUUUUUGUAAAUCAAACAAAAAUUAAAUAAAUUCAUAACUAAGGGAGUGCAGAAAAUUUUUUGCCUCAAGCUCGAACGCAAUUGGCAACACGAGAGGAAAACUUGCCGAUGAGCAACUCCUGUAAAAUAAUUCAAGCUAGUCUUAAGGUGCACAGCUAGUCUGAUAGCCCAAAAUAAACGUCGAUUGUAUCGAUUGUUUUGAAGUGUUUAAGGUAUAUUUAUACAUGUUUUAAGAAUACACAGUGAAAAAAAAUUAAAUAUUUUUCGGGUUAAACGAGAUAUGAUAAAAAAAAGUAUAUAUAUAAUAUAUAUAUAAAUAAUAGUAUGUUAUUUUUAAAGGUUUAAAUAAGUGCAAUAUGAAAUCGAAAUCGAUUUUUUCAAAAUUAUAAAACUAAAUAAAAUAUUCGGACCUUUAUCGAUCGUAGAUAUUUUUGACUGUUCGUCAUACUUCGUGUUUAGUGCAAAGAUUCUUUCCUAUUUGAAGAAAACUUACGAAAUUAUUUACUAAAUUGUGUCUAUUCCGAUUUAGUGUUCUUCUUUCACUGUAUAUAUUUUAUCUCUUGAUCUGAAAAUAUUUAUAAAAGAUUCCAAGUCGAUAGAAAUUUUCAGGUAGCAAAAAAAAUGUCAAACGUAACAGCUGUCAAAUGGUAAGUGCUCGAAUAAGCAGAAUAGAGCUCCUUCAAAUAAUUGAAUACUUGUUUCAGUAUUUUUUAAAUACUCAACUAUCGAUCCAAAUAAAAUUUAGUUAUUUUAAUAUGGAAAUACUAUUUGCUGUUAAACUAAAACUUUGCUUCUAAAUAUUUAAUUAAGUGGUUCGAUGAAAUGAGGUCAAUAGCUUUGACACGAAGUAUAAAUAUUCACACAAUAAUCACGAUAUACUCAGACUAUGUUCAGAUACGGCAAUUUUAUAUUGUGAAAAUGCGAAGUUUAUAGAUAAGAAAGCCACAAGAAAAAAAGUUUGUAAUUUUUUUAUUCCAUUUCGCUGCCACAAAAUUUGUUACUCCUUUUAUUUUUUAAAUUUAAUUUUUACUUUUUUAUUUUUGAAUUAACGUGCAAGAAUUAAAAUAUAAUAAUAUAAAAUGGAAUGUCAAAUAAUUUACAGAAGAGAGUUGCUUUGAGUGACAAGAGUUUGUCUGUAUGAACACAGUAAUAGAAGUUAUAUGGUAUCUCUACACAGAUAUAUAGUCUUUAUAUGUAUAUAUAAAUAUACAUUUAUCAUGUCGUUACAAAAAUGUUUGAAAUGCAACUAAUAAAAUACAUUGCUUUCAACUCAAUUAUUUAAUAAAAUAAAAUUAAAAUUAAAUAAUUAACUAAGCGAAUAAUUUAGAUCUUAACUUAGAGUCAUAUUUCAUGUCAACGAAAUUUUUUUUACAUAUAUGGUAUACAAUGGUUAAAUGCUUUAAAAUCAUAUUAAAAAAAAAUUGGAAAAAUACUAUUAAGUGAUCUUAUUUACAACUAGAAAUAUACAAUACAAUUAGUAAAUAUAGGAUUUAAUUGAAUAACUUCUAAAAUAAGAAGAAGAAAACAUUGUUAAUUUUAUAUCUAAUAAUAAUAGUCAUAUAAAAAUAUACAUAAGCAUAAUUAUAACAUAAGUACAAUUGCGAAUAUUUUAUCAAAAUGUUGAAAACUUGAAAUUGUUUUUGUUAUUUAUCGAAAACAGUUACUUAAUUGCAAAAGAUACAUUACUGAGCAGUGCUGCGUAGAAUUAGUACUUAAGUAGACUCAAAUUAUUUAUUUAGAUAUAAGUAUUUAGCUAUAGAUUUGUUUAUAAUGCAUACAAUAUGAAUUGCAAUAACAUUAAAUUUCAAUAAAAUUAGUUAAUAAAA